GCUUUAUGAAGCAUUAAAAGUUGCUGAGGUGUGAACAGUUUUCUGGUGUUCCAAACGUUUGAGAAGCAGCCAUUGCAAUUUCAGCGACAUGAUUGCGCCUAGACAAAUUGGUGUCUAUUUCAACCCCCAACGAAUUUAUCGAAGCAGAAAGCGAAAUUGUCUGUUCUGACAUUAUUAUAUCCGGCAUUGAAGUUAACCUGUUUACUUUUACCCCAAUACGAGAUCAUCUCUAGAUAGUUAUCAAGAUAUGCAACCUCCUGCUGCCGGUGAGAUGUGCAUCCGCGGCCUAUGUCCUAGAAUCCGAAGGGGAUGACGAGACAAGUGUGCUGUCGCCAGCAAAACAAUAUAUUGGAUAAUAUAUUAGGGAUAUGGAGACAAUAUGGAUCCCUGGAGAACACCAGCGUUGGAAAAAGUAAGUAAUCGAGAGAAGCUGAUUGGUAUCGUUUGAUGAUUUAAUGUUGUCAAUUGAGAAUCCAAAUAAAAGUCUUUUUGAAAUGUUGUUCCCUUGACCCGAACCUAUAAUUGGCGCAAUCGGUAAAAUAGCGGAAGAAGAUCGACCCAGAAAGUCUUCAGUCAACUGCAGAUCCCAGGAAAACAGGAACACGUGAAACUGAAAAGAUGUGUUGGAUUUCUUUAUGGAAUCGUUCUUGGAGUUCUCUUCUAUCAAUUCGUUAUGGUCGACUUGAGCUUCACCGAAGAAGGGGGAUUGAUUGUUGGUACAGUCAUAAGCUUGAUGCUGGGAUUUGGAAUAGCGUUUUCUUCACAAAUUCGAUGUAUAACCUUUCUGACCUUUCCAAACUUCGGAGGUAAGGUUGGAAGGAGUGUCCUGAAGGCCAUUGUGAUAACCUUCGUGAUAUCUGGUCCUGUAGAGAACUUGAGCAACAACGGCAAAGAGGUUGUCAGGGUUUUCGCUUGCACCGCUUCCCUCACAUUCAACUUAACGAAAACAAGAUUCGAGCUGAUGUUCAAGCCAUUCACACAAGCAAUAUUUGGUAUGAAGACCGAGGUCAACGAAGUCAAGGACACCCUGAGGUCGAUAAAGGACGUUGCGGCGCCAAUCACUGGAGAAAUAGAAGAUGAAACGGAAAUGAAGAAGAUGAAGGAGGAGAACGACUACUUGGACGAGCAAAUGGGGGAUACGAAACGGUCUGAGGCGGCCGCUGACAAAUUCCAAACAAAGGGAGAAAAAGUGGAAUCGGAACGGUACGAAAAACUGUACAUGAAGAAGGUCGAGAUGAGAUGUCAAAACCAGUUCACUAAAGCCGCGCAAAGAUGUCGCGGUAUGUUUCAAAAAGGCUACGACGUCUGCUACGAUACUGUAACCUGGAUAGCUGCUUGGUUGCUUUGCUGGCCAAUGAAGCUGGACUUCAUCUGCAACAUAGCGGAAGCUCUAGGUGGGGCAGGACGUUGCGAUCCGUCGAAAGACAUGAGCCCUGGAUUUGGAGAAGGUUACGCCUACUUGAAGCACUCCAGAUCAUUUCUUUCGAAGAACUUCAAGGACGUCAGGCUCCAGUACAAACUGGGAAAACUCAAGCCUCUGACUGAUAUCAGAGAUGCCAGAGAUACAGCGAAAGCGAUUCUUCACGAUGUCAACGAGAAGAAGGCUAUGCUGAUGCAGGUUCUGAAAAUUAUCAAGAGGAUACUAGCUUUCGUUUUUUUGAGGAUAGUUUUGGAGUCGCAAAACUACCACGACAAAUAUCUUAGAGACAUCGAGUUCGACAACAUUUACAUCACCAAGUAUUUCAGGAAAAUAGAUGCUCGUAGAAAGGCCCAGGAGAAGCACACGUUACUACCGCUGAAGAAAAUUGAAAGCCAGAAGCUGGUUGAUCCGUUUUCCAUGAAGCCUUUGAAAGCAGAACAGGAGAAGAUCCGGUCUGAAGUUGUUAUGAUACUUCUGGAAGUCCUCACUAUUACGAUUCUUGUAUUGUUGGAUAGGCUGUUUUAUGAAGCUUUGGAUAUCAUACGGAGACAUGCAAGAAUUAACUAUCUCCAAACUGGUCACCAUGAUUUGAUGCUGGAGGUGAAAGGUACCGGGUUAAUAGCGUCAGUGUUGAGAUCAUUAGUGAGAGGAUUCAACGUCAAAAAGCGAAUACGAAUCGAAAGAAGCAACGUUAUAUGCCUACCCAGACCAAAAUUACUGUUGAAUUAUUAUUUACUGAAAAUCUACGGCACGUACUUUGUCGUUGUCGUUAUGAUGUUUGCCCAGGCGUACUCACAAAGGUUGAGAAGGUUGAUUUGCGCCUAUUUUUACAGGAAACGAGAGAAAAAGCGAGUGCUUCACUUGUACAAUGAAACUUUGAAGCGAAGGAAGGGAUUUUUCAGAUUCAUGAGAAAAAAAAUAAAGGGCUUAGUGCGGGAACAUAGACUGAAGGAAGACUUCGGGGUCUUCGAAAUAUUACGAAUGAACUACCCGAAAAUGUGCGAUUGGUUGAGGUUCUUCGCUUGUGCAAGAAGAGCAUGUCUGAUAUGCAAAGACCCGGAGCCAAGAAAAAACAGCAACUUCGUGGAAUGCCCCAACGAGUUUUGCCACUUUUUAUAUUGCAAAGAAUGCUGGAAGGAUAUGGGAGGUGUUUGCUUGGCAUGUCAAACCGAAACAGAGGAAACCACCAGUGGAUUUGAAGAUGAUGACAAUGAAUAUACGGACUGACAAUAGGUUUUUAUCAGAUGGUUGUACAUUCUAGUUUGUUUGUGACAUAUAAAGUGAUUUUUGAUUAAUAGUUUAAUCGACAGAGAUGAAGAGUGUUGCUAUAUUUGCUAUGGUUAAUUUGUUCAUAAUAUAUCACGAAUAUAAAAGUACUUUACUGAC